AUGACCGUCGACCCCGGUCACCCACACCUCCGCGCCUGGCUGACCCUCGGAGUGUUCGCAGGACUCCGCGCUCACGAGGCCGCGAAGCUACGAGGCGAAGACUUCAGCGGCGACACGCUCUUCGUGUGCGGCAAGGGCGGUCAGCAGGCAUUCCUGCCUGUCCACGACCGAAUCGCUGCGCUCACAGCCACCUACCCCACGACCGGUCCGUGGUUCCCCGGCAGGUGGGAAGGGACCACGAUCGGCCCGAACAGCGUCAGCGCUGCCACGACCAAACUGCUGCGAUCGCUAGGCAUCGAGGGCAGCUUCCACCGGUGCCGACACACCUUCGGGUCGUCGCUCCUUCGGCAAGGCGCGUCGUUGCGCACCGUCCAGGAGCUGAUGCGCCACGAGAGCGUGACCUCGACACAGAUCUACACGCAGGUCAGCGACCGCGAGCGCGCCGUAGCCAUUCAGCGGCUCGCGGCGUAA